AAGCAUUCUUUUUAUAGAUUUAGGAAAGAGGAUUGAACAUGAAAAGACUCAAUUGCAUUUUGUUUGCUUUACUCGUUAUUUUAUUCAUGCAUUGCGCAGUAUCUGGAGCUCACGAAGACCAUGAACAUGGAGACGAAGAAGACCAUCAUGAGGAAGAAGAAGAAGAAUUAUUGAAUGCUAAUAUAUUGCAAUACAUGAAGGGUGCCAAGCUGAGAGAUUAUUAUGGUAACUUGACAACGCCGAUAUUGGAAAUGAAGUUCGGACUUUUAAGUGGGACGCUUGGAGAAAUUACUGGCGAAGUCGGCGAAUACAUUUUCAAUUUACCGUAUACUGAUAUACGUAUCAUGAAUGCAGCAGGAAAAAUGACAGGCACCAUCGAAAUCUCAGCCAAACUGACUGCUAAAUCUGGAUUCCUAAGAAAUAAAAAAAUCGACCUUGAUGUCAAAGGCACUUAUAUAAUAAUGACUAAAGGUGCAAAUGUGAACAUCACUGCUAACGUUCCAGACAUAACUAAAGACAAUCUCACAAUAGAGGGGUGCAACGCAACUUUUGCAGAGUCCAGCAUCAUGUUAGAAAUCAAAAAGAAAGAUGGAAAGCCAAAUUUAGUCGAAUCAUUCUCGCGCUGGGUCGACAGAGCUCUGAAACCAUACAUACCAGAGAUAUUUUGCAACGCCGUAGAAGACGAAGUGAAAAAGGGAAAUAAAUCCAAAGUUGUAAAGUCUGCAUUAGCUCAAAUUAUAGCUGUUAUUUUAGGAGGAUAAACGAUUACAUGGAAAAACAGAUCGGGAAAGGACCAGAUAAUGCAAUGAAUAUAUGGGAAUUUUUUAUUCAAUGAAAUCCUUUGGAAAUACUUGUAUAAUCCGUUAUGAUAAAUCCGGAAAAAAUUGCAAAACCAUUCAUAAUAAAUAAAUCAAUUUGUGAUUGAA